AUAUCCUGUGUAAACUUCCUAUCAUCUGUUGGUUUGGCUCGCACGGCGUGUAGGAAGCUGGUGUUGUAGUGCUUCCUCGAACAACGCACACAUUUAUGCUACAAAAUUGUCAGGAAACCGAAGACAAAGUGGACAUUAGUCUACAGCUGCUACAUUGCCUUACCAGAACACAGAAGGAAAUACGAGGCUUCCUUGUUCUAUGCAGACAUGGCAGAAAAGGAAUCAUCGGAAGAUGUUCCAAAGCGACCAGCUACUAGCAAAGCGAGAGACAUUCCUGUUAAGGAAGGUGCUCGCUUUCGAUCGCCCAGUCAAAGUAGUAAUGGUGACACCGGGGACGGACACUCGCCACACCGUGAGGAUGCGAAUCCGGCAAAGAAGCAGCAUUGUGCCACCAAUGUCCCACCACCCUUGAAUGCGACACCAGGAUAUGUACCAGAAUCACCUCCGAAAUUUGUAACACUGAAUCAGAUCAUGGGAAACAUGCACUUGGCACACGAGAUCGCUAUGGAUGGCAAUUUCCAGUUGAAGCAGGCGGAGUUUCCCGAACGCAGCUUGGAAAAAACUGUGAAGGAAAUGGUUCACAAGGCGUACUGGAAAAUCCUGGAUGAGGAGCUUAAGGAAGACCCUCCAAAGUAUGGGCAUGCGCUGAAACUUCUAGAAGAAAUGAGAGAGAGCUUGCUUGAUCUUCUGAUGCCUCAUAAUGUGCGACUACGGGCUGAGAUUGAAGAAGUAUUAGAUAUGCACCUCAUAAAGCAACAAGUGGAGCACGGGGCAUUGGAUUUUGACCGCUACGGAAGAUUUGUUAUUUCUGUUAUGGCUAGAAUUUGUGCACCUUUCCGAGACGAAAGCGUCCGAAAGCUCUUGGACAUUAGGGAACCUGUAGCACUUUUCAGAGGGAUUAUAGAACUGCUUCAAGAAUUUCAUUUGGAUAAUGCUAAUUUCCUGAUCCGUCAAGUGAGGCCGUACAUCCAAGCUCAUUCUGCAUCGUAUGAGCAGGAGAAGUUCAAGGAGUACCUUGAAACUCAGUCAGGUAUUAAUCCUGACCAAGAUACAGUUAAAGCCACCCGUGCAUGGCUCAAGAGGAGCUUUGAUGAGCUUUGUGAGGCCAAAUCGCAACACAGCCCCGACCCCGUGAGCAACAAAACUUCCAAGGGACCAAGUUUUGCUCGGGUCCUUUCCAGGGCCUACAUGAAACUUCUCUGCUGGAAUGAAGACUGGGAAUACCCAGAGACGCUUGCUCUAGAUCGGGCCCGAUACACGGAGCUGGCGGAAAAGGUCCUUGAAGCAACGCUAGUGUCCAGUGUUCUACUGGUGACAUACAGCAUUGGUGGUAUUGCACUGCAAAACAUAUCGGAAUUCAAAGACGAGCUUAAAAGUCACGUUCAAGUUCUGCUUCAGGGUGCCUCCGAAUGCAGUGAGGACGAACUCAAGGAGAAAUUGAAGAAUGUGGCUGAACAAGUGAUUAAAGAAGUUCAGGAACGUCUUCAAAAACACGGCUACAAUCCGAUGCACUUCAGCCAGGAGCGACUUCUGUAUGACAACGUGCAAGAUGUUGCAUCUUCAACGCAUAGAGUCCGUGAGCUUCUCAGCUCUAGAAUCCUGGAGUUUGUUGAGCUGGCUGUUUCAUCAUCAUCUGUGGCAAACCCUACAAAGAUACCACCAGGCCUUUCAGCGCUAGAGAAGGAAUUGACGGCAAUCACAGGGUCCUUCCUCAGGCUCGUUUCCCACAACAAGGCUGUACACUGCGAAAUGUACGCAGAUAUCAUCGCACGACUUAAAGAGUCGUAGGCAAAAAGGAUGAAACCACAGGAAUGUUGUUCAGAACAUGAUGCAGCGAGCUGCUAUCGCAACCGGCUGUCAUAGAUUGCGCAGCCAAAAGCAAUACCGGUGCACUCGUAUGGUAAAGACCACACCGCAAUGGAGCUAUACCAGCGUAGCUGUGUAAGCUACUGUUUGAGAAAUGCAGCUAAUGACUGCUGCAAAAAUUUCCAAAUUGCGCACAGUAAAUGUAAAAAGUUAACUUUUAUGGUUCAAUUUCCUGCCUUAUUUAAUUUUUUUUCUAUCAAGUAUCAUAUCAUAUAAAUGGCAAUGUACAGUCGCGCCUCGUUAAUAUGGACGGCUCAAAAUGUAGACAAUUUUUAUUGGGACCAGAUUUUUUUCUGUACAUUUAUAUAUACUUCGUUUUUGGACAAUGGACAGGACAAUAUGGUACCAAACCUAUACAGCUCUAUGCAAAGGUGCCGAUUGCGGGGGGGGGAGCUCCCCCGGAACUUUCCCAGGGGGUGCCAGGCCCCCUCCGGGAGGUCUACCCAGCUGACACUCAAGAUAAAAGUUUCGAGGGACAUCCUAAGAAUCGCGUGUUUCAUGCGAGUGAUCAUAAAAAUACCUGUAAAAAUUUGCCUCACAACGUCGCAGCACGGAAUUCCCGACACCCUGCCCGACCUCUGUGCAUAAAGGUGGGGAUGUUGUGCAACGGCUCCCUCUGGCAGAUUGAAAACUCUCGGCUUAUGGCUCUAUCUAUUUCUGUGUCGUUAUUAUGGACAUGUAUCAGUAUCGAAUCGAGGGAACUUGCACAUCAUUGAGCAACACAGGAACGGGUCAAAACGAGGACAUCGGAGUCGGAAGGCCCCUCAGGCAAGCAAGCUAGCAAGUUUCUCUUGCUGAGAUCUUAUAUAUUUUGAGUUGCACAUCAUUGUAAGCAUGUGAACAACAGCCAAAUUAUGUUUUCCUUCGCACAAUAAAUUUUAUGUUGUUUUUCUGGAAUACUUGAUAAUAUGAAUGACCUGCUUCAUGGACAGCUUUUUGUCGGGGACGAAAGUAUCCAUAAUAACGAGGCAUGACUGUAUUUGUUCAUGUGGUGCAAGGUCCAGUCCUAAGUACUAGAAAAACAAAAAAGGUAUGGGAAACUAGACGGUGGUACGGCAUGUGUCGACUUCCGUACAGCACUCCGUUCCAUGGCUAAUCGAUCUUACGAAUGUUUGAGGCUGGGAGCUUCACUCGUGACAGACCACAACAGACAGACUUUAUAAAAGGGACGAGGUCAUGAAGCUAAGCUACUAUGAACCCAUAAUCUGACAAGCACUAACAAACGAUAACUUGGUGCAGUAUAGUGCUGUAGAUGUCGUUCAUUCAACUGCUUUUGUGUUUGAAAUAAAAAUGUCUUCUGAAUAGUGA